AUGGCCAGUGAGGCGUGGUCAACCGACGUGCUUGCCUCCGACACAGAGUCCGUCAAUCGGGGUGGCGCCAGUAUAGGCGAUGGUGCAAGUAGUACUGUACACUCCUCCAUUCCCACUCUCCCAUCCAUAUCUGUCUCCGCCUCUGCCAUGGCGGCGUCUAACAGCGCUGCAAUAUCCCACCCAAACGCAUCUUUCAGACCCGGACUGCACACUCGCUGCCAGCAGACCUCUUCCCCCACUCAACGCCUCCUAACUGCCUCUACUGGCACCAACUCCUCUUUCCAACCACCCAGUGCCUCUAACCGCCUUCGACGUCGCCGGCGCCACCAUCACCACCACCACUACCACCAAUUUGGCGACCAUGCGCAUGUCGGUGGUGGUGGACUCUCUGAAACGGCUGCCGCCACCAAAAGCACCACCGCAACAGAACUCUUUCACCUCCAGUCCAGUCGUCCCAUCCCCUUCUCGCAACUCCUGCAGAGGUUUGUCUCUGUUUAUCUCCUUACCUGA